AUGUUACGAUUAUCCACUAAUGCAUUAUUGCUUUCCAGAAGACCAUUAAUAUUAUCUAGAUAUCUUUCUAGCUCUAAUACUUCCUUAUUUUCCAAAGAUAGAUCAGAUAGGUCAUUUGAUAGACCAAAAUUUGGUGGUGAUAGACCCAGAAGAUCCUUUGACAAUGAAGGUUCAUCGAGAACAUAUGAUAGAGAAAAAUCAGGUGGUUCAUAUGGUGGAGAAAGGUCCGCUAGAUCAUUUGAUAGAGAUGGUCCAAGGAGGUCAUUUGAUAAAUUCGGAUCAGGUAGAUCGUUUGAUAGAAACGGAUCAGACAGAUCAUUUAAUAAGUUCGGAUCAGAUAGAUCAUUUAAUAAGUUUGGAUCAGACAGGGCGUUUGAUAGAGAAGGGCCAAAUAGAUCAUUUGAUAGAGAAAGACUGAGUCGUCCAUAUGAUAGUGACAGGCCAAAGAGAUCAUUCGACGGAGAUAGAUCAAAUAGACCAUUUGAUAGGGAAAUAUCAGACAGACCAUUCAACAGAGAAAGAUCAGACAGACCAUUCAACAGAGAAAGAUCAGACAGACCAUUCGACAGAGAAAGAUCAAACAGACCAUAUGAUAAUGAAAGAUCAAACAGAUCAAAUGAUGGAGAGGGAUCAAAUAUAUCAUGGGAAGGAGGGAAACCACGCAGAUCAUUUGAUAGUGAAAGAUCGAACAGACCAUAUGAUAGAGAAAGAUCAAACAGACCAUAUGAUAGAGAAAGAUCAAAUAGACCAUAUGAUAGAGAAAGAUCAAAUAGACCAUCUGAUAGAGAAAGAUCGGGUAGACCAUAUGAUAGAGAAAGAUCAGAUAGACCAUAUGAUAGAGAUGCCCCACGAGGAAAAUUCUAUGAACGUAAACCACAAAGUUUCCAAGAUAAAUUACAACAAUAUAUAGACUCCGGAGUAAUCUCCCUCCCAACCAAAUCUCAGACCACCUUCAAACCACAAAAACCAAAAUCAGGUGAAUAUGAUCUUCGUAAAGCACUUGAAACUCUUAUCCUGAAAUAUGACGCUUCAUUAUUUGUCGAUGACGAAGGUCAUUCAUUAGAUAUAACAACAUUAAACGCCCAUGAUUUGAAAUUUGAUUCUCCAAAAGCAAAAUGGGUUUUCGACAAUUUAAUGAAAUUUAAAGAAAUUACCAAGAAGAGACCCGAACGUGGAUUAAUGCUUGCUCUUUUAGGUACAAACAUGGAUCAAUUAGAGGAACCUUUCUAUAUUGCCAAGAAUAUCUUACAAUUAUUAGAGAUUGAUAAUGAUCCAGCAAGAGCUUUAUAUUUAGCAAACAUGAGUACCAAAGCUGCUGCAGCUCCUGGUAUGAAUUUGAUUAUGAGAUGGGUUAUUGAGAAAAAUGGUGUACAAGAAGGAUUGAAAUUAUUCCAAAAGAGAAAAGAUUCAGGUAUCCCACCAAACGAGUAUACGUAUGUAAUGUUAUUUGAUGCUAUUUCUAAAGCAAGUGAAUGGGGGAAAGUAGAUGACGCACUUGCUGAAAGAGUCGCUUCUACAUUUGUCCGUCAACGUAUUAUAGCAAGCACUGAUAGCACUAAGGCCCUGACUUGUGGUAUUGAAGCUUUUAACGCAUGUUUGAAUGUUUUAGUUAAGAACUUCUCUAAUAAUCUUGCCCAUGCUUGGAAAUUUUUCGAUAAUUUAGCUCCUGCUGAAAAUGUCGAGUUGAUUCCACUUCAUGCUAAUGCUCAUACAUUCUCAAUCAUGUUACUUGGUUUAAGAAAAUUUGCUCAACAUCAAAGACAAGAAAUUAUGGAUGAUUCCAGAUUAAGUGGUAAUGAACGUAUUCUUAAAUUAUUAGAUGUCGAGGCAUGGGUAGUUAAAAGUGCAGAUGUUGUAUUUGCACAAGCUAUGAAAACAGCAAUGCCACCUAGACCACCACCAGAAGAUUCCGAAGAUGAAGAAGCAAUGAAGCGAUUUAGAACCGAAUUGGCAAAGAAGAGAUUUACUGAUAUUGAUAUUUAUUUAGUAUCCAAUUAUAUUUCUACCCAUGUUGAUGUGACCUUUGGUACGAAUACUGGACCUAAGUCCGGAUCCCAUUACAGAUACAAUGAAAAGGCACUUAAUUUGUUAAAUCAAUUCUCACCAUUUGUUAAUGAGCUUUUACAAUUUGUUGCUAAAACAACCAAAGCUAAAAAUAUUGCUGAGAUUACAACUGCAACCAAGAAGCUUCAAGAAAGAACAGAUUCAAGAAUAAAUGAAGCCAUAUCUGAAGCAUCAGAUUAUUUUGAUCCUGAAUACCAAGAGACUUUGAAUGAUGUUUUACCUCAAUCGGUUGUUCCUAAUGCUGAAAUGCCAAAUGCAAACCCACAAGUAAUCAUGCCUGCUCCUCCAAGAAUCGGAAGUAGAAAUUUUAUUAAUUACAAGGAAGAACCAUUAGUAAUGUUCAACCGUAGAAUGACGUAUGAAGAAGGUAUUGCUGUGUUUUCCAAUGAAUUAUUUGAAAAGUCAAGAGGAAAGAAAGGUAAGAAGAUGUCUAAACUCAUGCAACGUAAAAUGGAGAGUAAAGAUAGAAAAUACCCAGUUAAUCCAUUUAUCUUGAAUCAAACAUUCGAUGCCAUGAUUAAUUUGGGUAGAUUCAAUGAAUAUUUAUUUGCCAUGUGGUAUACUCUUGUUAAAUGGGGAGGUGUUAAAUUGGAUUUAGCUAAAUUAUUUCAGAAGCAAAAUGUUGCAACCCGUGGAGUAAUUCCUGAUGAAAGCAUACCGAGAUAUUCUGAAGAGGUGAAUUAUAUUGCAUCAGGUGUUGACAAACCUAAUAUUGCUUCCAUUGUUGAUCAUUCAUUGCUUAGUACCCUCAUGUACAGAAUAGAACAAAACUCAAGAGCAAAAGGAACGACAAGGACUAAUUUGAUUAUAGAAAUGUUUGCAGUAUUAGCAUCACCAAUCUAUAAUCCAAGAGGUCUUGUUCCUAAUCAACUCCACACCAUUAAUAUCUGGCAAGCAAUGCUCAUGGAUUUACAUUACUACAAUGACUAUGAUAAGGCUGUAUUACAAGUAAGAAAUUCCAAGAAAUAUUAUAUUAAUCAUUCACAAUUGAAAGCUUCCUUAACGAACAUAUUGAAUUACUCCCAGGCUUAUCUUAUUUGGCAUGAACGUGUACAUGGACAGGGAAAAUAUAUUUCAAACACUUUUACUUCUAAUUUCAAUAAGGUGAUUAACAGAUUGCAAGAGUCUGAAUGGUUGGAUGUAUCACCUGAAGACAAACUUCAAAUCCAUUAUUUAAUUGUUAAAGCCGGUAUUUUGUUCUAUAGACCAUUAAAGACAAUCCCACUUGAAUUGGAAGAAAGAGAAUUUUCAAACUCCAUUGAACCAUCAUUGAACUAUAUUCGUGAGGUAUUGCUGGUCAAGAAUGACGCAAAGACAUUAGACAGGAAUGAACUUAGAUUGUAUAGUGCUCUUGGGGCCAUAAGAGAACUUGAUUCUAGAAAGGACGAUUUUAACGCUUCCCUCAAACGUCAAUGCGAAAAGAUUUAUAAGAAUACUAUUGUCGGGAAAUCUGUUGGUAAAACUGAAGCCAAAGAAGAAACUUCUGGCAAAUUAAAAACUGAUAAGGAGCCUGCUGCUGUGGAUUCUGUUGAAAAGAGCAAAUCAGCAACGAAUGAAGUACCAGCAAAGGUUGAAGCUGCUGAAGAGCCUGUAAAGGUCGAAGCUGUUGAAGAAACUGUCGUUGAAGAAAUUGAAACUGAAGCAGAACCAUCUGUUCCAACUGCUGCUGCUGAAGAGCCUGUUGAGUUGCCAGAAGAAGUAAAGACAACUGAAGAUGCUAAGGUUGAAAGUGAAGCUAAAGUCGACGAUGCUGCUAAAGCCGAAACCGCUGAACCGGCUAUUAAAGGACAAACAGAAGCUGAUGAACAAGUUAAAAAGUGA